GGGUCACGCUGAAGACAUUCCUGUCCUGUGAAGCAAGUCUGCUUGUAUUUUAGGUUUGCCAGGACUAAUGAAUUAAAAUGUUUGGACUCUCCACAACUCGCUGUUUAUCAAUGCCUCUGACAGGAGGAGGGUUUUCUUUUGCGCUUGCUUUUUCUAGAAACAUGACAGCAUCCUGGCUGCGAGUGGGGUGAGCAGGUGCAGCCCGCCUGCUCACUGAGUCUUUGCUGCACAAAGACAACGACUGGCCAAGGCAGCGGCUGGCCCUGGAUUACACAAGCGCAGACACUCAACUAAGUGAGCUGGAAGACCCAGGAGAAGGCCGGGCCUCAGGUGCCCACAUGAUCAGCACAGCAAGUGUACCUGCGGAUAAGCCAGUACGCAUCGCCUUUAGCCUCAAUGACGCCUCAGAUGACACGCCUCCUGAAGACUCUAUUCCUUUGGUCUUUCCAGAAUUAGACCAGCAACUACAGCCUCUGCCUCCGUGUCAUGACUCUGCGGAAUCCAUGCAGGUGUACAAACAACACUGCCAAAUAGCAGAAGAAUACCAUGAAGUCAAGAAAGAGAUCGCCCUGCUCGAGGAAAGGAAGAAGGAGCUCAUUGCCAAGCUGGACCAGGCAGAAAAGGAGAAAGUGGAUGCUGCCCAGCUGGUUCGAGAAUUUGAGGCUCUGACAGAGGAGAAUCGGACCCUGAAGUUGGCCCAGUCACAAUGCGUGGAGCAACUGGAGAAGCUUAGAAUACAGUAUCAGAAGAGGCAGGGCUCAUCCUAACUUGAAAUCUUUAAAUGUGAGGGUAAGAGGUUGGUGACUGCUGUGCACUGGCAAAAAAAAAAAAAAAAAAAAAAAAAGUCUUUUAUUUUAAAGGAAUAGCAAAUAAAAUCUAUUGCUUUUCUUUAUUACCCACAUGGCAAGUGUCUAGAAAGAGUUUAAUGCUUGCUGGCUUCUAGCUUGAAAAAGGAAUAUUUUAUUUUAAGUGAGAUCAUUAGUGCAAAGCUAUUACCAGUAUAUAUUUUCAGAGAUCAGGAUUCUCUUUCAAAGAUAUAUAUAUAUUUUCUUAUUUAGGAAGAUCAGAUCAUACCACACAUCAGGAUAGGAGACAAUAAAAGUAGGAUAUUGACCGACCCUGCUAAAAAUCAUGAGCCAUGAAACAAACCAGUAAAAUACGCAUUGCCCUUCCACAUCCGUGCAUUUUUAAAUUUCAUGCUCUUAACAUUUCGAAUCUGUUCAAAUAUAAACCACUGGAAACUUCUCUGCAUAUAUUUAUGUUCACCCAUCAGACGCAAUCCUUCACUGAUAGGUUUCCUAAGAAUAAAUGGUCUCAUGAAUGUCCAUAAAAGUUUUCUCAUAAAACUAUUAGCAGAAACCAUAUGUGUGCCCAAAGCUCAUUUGCCAGUGCUGACUUCCUGCUGGAAUAAAGAAACAGGAAAGGCUUCCUUUGCUUCAUCUGUGUUCACUCAGGCAGCAUCUCUGCCUUGCUUGCGUGUGUUCUGGAGGGUUUGGGGGAAAUGGAAAAUUUUGUUUGGACCUUGCUUUGGUCAGUUCCCGUGAAAACACCAGUGAAAUUAUUACUAUUAUUUUUGUUUGAAUUUAAAGAGAUAUCUUAGGUCAGUAAUAACUGAUAGGAAUAUGUGCAUAAAUUCAGAAUUGAAAUGUUUUUUCCUUCAUUCUAGCCAUCACUAUAUUUUCUCAAAUUGAUCUUUGUUUUACGUCCAUUUCUACUUGUGUAACUUUGUUUUUCAGUAAACAUGGAUUAAAAGCUACUGGGUUGUGUUUUCUC